UCUGCAUGGGGGACUGGCCCCGCCCAUCUACUUCCUUCUGUCAGACUUUAGUCACAUUCACAAUUAUCAGCACAGUCUGACAGGAGACCAAAGGGCUGUAGUUACCUCACGUACAGUAAGUGUAUUUGUGGUACAGGGGUUGUCACAAAAGAUUUCUCUCAAUAAGGAGCCAAGUAUUAACCCUUUUAGCGUCGCUGGGGUUGUGUCAGGUAGAAGGAUGGCGUAUACUUUCGAUCAGGGAUUUGUCAACAUUUCCGACCUGCACCCUAAUCUCAACCGCCCAAGUGUAAUAGGCAUUGUAAUCGGGAAAACAGAUGUCAAAGGAUUUCCAGACAGAAAAAACAUUGGAUCGGAACGGUACACAUUCAGCUUUACCAUAAGAGAUUCUCCAGCCUUUUUCACAAAUGCAUUCUCUUGGGGGACAGAGGAAUUCAUCAAAUCUCUCUCUGACAGUUUCCGUGUUGGCGAUUGUGUUAUAAUUGAAAAUCCUCUUGUGCAAACAAAAGACGUGGAGAGAGAAGAAAAGUUUAAUCCUUCGACACCGAGUUAUUACAGGCUGUUAAUCAGCGAAGUUCACUCUGCAGUCAAGAUUUGCUCUACCGAUGAAGUGGACAACAGCCUUCUCUCUGUGCUGCAUUUGCCUACAAAAGAUCCACAGGAUUACUAUUCACUGGGCGAUAUUGUUGCAAACGGCCAAAGCCUUAACGGAAAGAUCAUUAACGUUCUUGCAGCAGUAAAAUCGGUUGGAGAAAUAAAACAUUUCACUACUUCUGACAAAAGGAAAGGUCAGAGAUGCGAAGUCAAGUUGUUUGAUGACGUGGUUUCUUCAUUUGGUAUGAUAUGCUGGGACAAUGAAUCCAUCCAAGUUGCACAGAGCUGGAUGCCAAGAGAAACAGUCAUAUUUGCUGCAGAUAUCAGAAUUAAUUAUGAUUCAUUUCGAAACUCUAUGGUUGCAACUGUUGUGUCAAAGACAAUACUUACAACCAGUCCAGAUACACCAGAGGCUCAUGCACUGCUGAGCUAUGCCAGAGACUGCAUUGAAACUGGAUUUUUUUUCGAAGAAAACGAAGAAUUGUCAAAAGAAGCUGUAAAAUUGGAGUCCAUAAAAGAUAUAUACACAGUGCAGCAGAUAAAAGACAAAGCGACACAAGGCAUAGAAAAAAACGAUCCGCUUUACGGGAUAGUUUACGCUUAUAUCUCUAGGUUCAAUAUUGAUUCAGAUGCCAGCAAAAUAAUUCGAAACAGAUGCUCUCGAUGCCAUUACCUGAUAACUGAUUUAAAUGAGCUGUGUACAUACACUUUCUGCAAUGAGAUGUCUUCAGAGCCUAAAUCGGUGGUUGCAUGCUUGGACUUAAACAUUGACAUUACUGAUCAUACUGGAACCCUGUCUGCUAACUUAUCUGGUAGUGCCGCCGAGGAAAUGUUAUCCUGCACGGUUGAUGGAUUUUUUAAUUUAACUGAAGACCAGAAGACAACUUUGAAAUGGAAUUUUCUACUGGAACGCUGCAAAAUCUAUUUAAAGAUUUCCUCAUCAAAUUCAAGGAGCGGGCUGAGAAUAAAUGUGCUCUCGUGCAAUAUCGUGGAUCCCUCGGAAGCAUGCGCAAGUCUGUGCCGGAGGGACAAGAUCUAAUUCAGCGUGAUAUAUUUGGCGGCUAUUUGCCAUACACAAGUCUUUGUUCCUCACCUUCUGUAACAGUUUUGAUCAACGUUCCUCACUUAAACGAGACAAUUCAAACAUGUUCUUUAUUCUUAGUUUCUA